GACGAAUUGCAGUCGUCGUAGAGCAGCUGUACGUGCAGGAGAAUAUUUAUAUCUCACAAAGAGGUAUAUAUUUUUCUCUUUAUCGUUUGAUUAUCUCAGCUUGUGAUAAGAAUCUUUAUUUGAGGAGCCGUGACAGCAGUUGAGGGCCUUCAAUUAUGGAUAUAUCAAGAGAAAUCGAGAGAUAUUUUCAGGCCGCUAGGAAAUUAACCCUCGAGGCUGGAAAGCUGAUAAAGGCGGCGAUUGAAGCUGAGAAAAAUGUUAUGGCGAAAGGAAAUCAAGGUGAUAUCGUCACGGCUAAUGACCAGGAAGUUGAGAAAAUUUUGAUCUCAGGGUUAUCGUCUGAAUUUCCGGAGCACAAAUUCAUGGCCGAAGAGUCGGCUGAGAAUUCCCCUUUGAUACUGACAGAUGUACCCACGUGGAUCAUCGACCCAAUAGAUGGGACAAUGAACUUUGUACACUCGUUUCCCCAGUGCUGCAUCUCUGUUGCUUUAGCAAUAAAUAAAAUACUGGAGGUGGGGAUUGUUUACAACCCCUGCAACGAGGAGUUGUACACUGCCAGGAGAGGACAGGGGGCUUUUUUAAAUGGAAAGCCGUUGAAGGCCUCUGGAGUGACAGAAUUAUCCGAGGCGUUGAUGAUUAUCGAACCCGGAAUGCUCAGAAGAUCGAGAGCAAAGAGAGACAUAACGAAAGGGAGGAUGGAAGUACUCUGUACUCUAGCUGGAGGGAUAAGAAAUGUGGGGUCUGCAGCCCUAGGACUUGCCUACGUGGCGAGAGGAAUAAUAGACAUCUUCCACAUAGACUACAUGCAGCCCUGGGACGUUGCAGCAGGAUUUCUGCUAGUUUCGGAGUCUGGGGGAAUUGUAAUCGACACCAAAGGAGGGCCCCCCAAUCUCCUGGAGCCCUUGAUAAUAGCAUCAGGCACUCGUCAACUCGCCCAGGAAGUUUCCCAACUGCUCGUUGAAACGGACUUGAAGAUACAAAGAAAACGACUACAGAGAACAUAAAUUAUCCAACAAUUUUUAUAACGUAGUAAUAACAUAGAAUGACAAUUAGAAAAACAGGAGCUGAUUAAGUCCCAGUGAAUGUAAUAAAAUUUAAAAUGCAGAUCGACGAUAAGACUCGAUCUCGAUUUUAAAAAAAUGUUCAAGAUAUUCUCCUAGUGUAUAAUUACACGCAAAUAAAGGAUUAAAAUCUGACGAAA